AUGGAGGACCAAAGCACUCCCAGUGGUCCGAGUAGCAGCAGUGUGUGUAGUAGUAGUGGCAGUGUGGGUGGUGGUGCUAAUACUAAUAGUAGCGCCAAGAAGCGACGAGCUGAGGUUGGUGAAAUGGCAGACCAAGCUCCUUGUGUCAAAAAACCAAAGUUGACCAGAAAGGAAUUGUUGGAACAAGCCAAGGCUCGAUUGAGGGAAGCUCAAGAAAAAAAGAAGCUGCUCCAACAGAAACUGGAAGAAGAACAAGCCGAACAACAAGCGACUAGUACUACUAGUAUGAACGAAGACUACUUUUACUAUCAUGAAUAUGACUAUGAGUACCACAUUCCACCCGUCACUGGAUCCAAAGACAGUCUACUCAUCACUCACAUUGAGUCCACUGGUCCUGCAGAGAAAGUCAGGUUCCAAAAGGAAGAUGAACAUUCCUGUAUUGAAGCCGUCAUGACCAUCAUCACCAAUAGAAGACGGUCUCUUUCACCCAGCAAUAACAACAGCAAUAACAAUGCUGCCAAUCCUCAAGGACCACCACAGAAAACAAUUCCAAGCAUACCUCCUCCUCCCAGGGAAACUAUCAGCAAACCAAUCACUAGUGAAGGAAGUACUACUGGUAGUGACAACAACCCAAAACCGGCGGCUCUCGAUGAAGGACUCAAGAGUCAAAGGCCCACUCAUUACCACAAACGGACUAACAGCAACAGCAAUGGAGACCAGCAACUACCGCAUCCCGCUGCCAAUCCAAUAGAACGGCGUCAUUCUCACACACAACCAACGCAGCCACUCAGAAUGCCGCCCCGACAAACGACCAGCAAUAGCAACAACAAUCCUCGAACAAAUCGACCACAGCCACCACCACCGUCAGCAUCAGGACCCGACAAACCAAAGGAAAAUCCACGACGAAACUCCAAUGGGCCACAGCAAUUGCAGCAGUCUCAGCAGCAACGUCCACCAUCCGCACCACCACAAAAGCGACCUUGGACACUGGCUCUGGCACAAGUGACCGGCAGAACGAUUGACUUCACGGCCGAUCUACCCACCAAAACGCCAUACUUGAUAAGAACACAAGAUCAAGGUGUCGUUGCCCAUGUACAGUUCUUUUCCAGUCCAGAUAAUCCGGCACUGUUGCAACACCAUCCAUCCAAACGACAUUUACAAGAUCAUUUCGCACCCAUAGGGAGACUGCCGUCCAACAACUCCAGUCAGUCAUGGAAAGGACAAGAGGUGCUUUCCUUUCUCAAACAUCAAGAUGAACGACGCAAAACAUAUCAGCCCCCGGCACGACGCAAUUUGCCCUUUACUCAUUGGGCACUCCUUGAUCUGGAACAACCACUCCAUCAAGCCAUUGAAUCGUUGGGGUACUUUACCGCAGCGCCAGCAGUCAAAAAUAAUGGAAAUGGAAGCAGCAGCAGCAAUAACGACAUUAGUUUUGCGGGAAAACUCAUUUGGAACAUGCACGACUUCUAUCAGCAACGAAACAACAACAACAACGCUGCUGCGUCAUCUUCCUCGAAACUCAGCAAAUGGGGUGAAGUGGUGUCGGCGGUGGCGACCUCGGGAAUACGCAAUAGUCCUUUGAUUGCCACGGUCCAGGGAUUUUACGAAUCGGCAGCCAAUACGAAACAACAGCAGGCGCAACAGCAACCCAUCAUGCCACCGGCCCUGAGGGCUCGCAAAGUCAUUCUACCCAAGUCACGAACGAUUGGAAUCAUCAUUGGUUCCAAUGCACGCAUGUCGGAACAGCCGACCAACAAUAAUCCACAAGUGGGAUGUUGUCAAGUCUUGUUUCCGAAUGGCAUGGCCAGUGGACCGCCGUCGGCACAGUCCCUCAAGGGUGCCAGAGCCAUCUUGAGGAGCAAGCAAUUCACGCUGGAGAGUUUGGUAUCAGCAGGUGGUGUCUUUCUGGCACAUGUAGUCCCUCAUGAAGGAAAGUUUCUUGGUCCGGAAUCCCGUCUUAUCGAGAGCCUCACGUGGAAACAUCUCAUCUUUGGGUCACUGGGCACCGUAUGCAAAAUCGCAACAAGAGAGGAAGCCUGA